AUGAACGAUUUACCACAAAUGCCGACCCCACAGCAGGCGUCGUAUCAGCAACAUCAGCAACAAUAUAACAAUAGAAAACACGCACAACAAGCCAUACAUUCAAACUCAAGUAGUUCAAAAGUCAACUAUAGGCCACCGCAACAAUCGAGAACUGCAAGCUCGCAUUCAAAUGCGUCUUACCAAUCACAACAGUAUUAUCAACAACCCCCUCCAAACGAUUACUAUCGUCAACAACAACAGCAACAGCCAUCACAUAAUGCAGGGUUUGCUCCACAACCAGUGUAUCAGCAACCACCAGUGUAUCAAAUGCCGCCCCCGCCACAGUCGCAACAUCAGCCACAGCAGGUUCCGCAACAGUACGGCCUGCCUCAACCUGUUUAUCAGAACCACUCACAACAAUAUCAAAAUGCACCACUACCACCACAACCACAACCACCACAACCACAACAACCGCAGCCAACGCAGCAACAACUCCAUCAUAAUUAUCAAUCGCCGCCAAUGGGUAAUCAUGCUCCUCAUCAACAAUACCAACAACCACCCAAUCAGUACGACUCGUAUCAAGCUAAUGGUAGUAGUAGUGGUGGUGGUAGUGUUGGUGGUGGAUCAGUUGGCAAAAAACCGCCACCUGUGACAUCACUGCCUCCACGUCAACAAAGACCAGUAAACAAAUCAAAAGAGUCACUCCACGAAAAACCAUUAUCUUCAAAGCAGAAAUUGGAGCUUGAGUUGAGGAGCGUUUUUGAGAAAGUCGAUGUCAACAAAUCGGGUAGGAUUUCAGCCAAAGAAUUGUCGUAUGCCUUAUUGAAUUUCGACCACACUAGGUUUCAAGAUUCAACCAUCAAGUUGAUGAUGAGUUUAUUUACAAACAAAGGUGAUGCAUCAUCAUCAUCAUCAUCAGCAUCAUACAGUUCUAACAAGUCACUAAAUUUCGAUCAAUUUGUAUCAUUAUGGAAAUACUUGUCAGCAUAUAAGAAAUUGUUCAUACAAGCAGAUGCUGAUAAAUCAGGCGAUGUUUCAUUUGGUGAAUUUCAAAAAAUUCUUGAGCAGAUUGGUUACAAGUUGGAUAUUGAUUUAGUACUACAUUUGUUUUCCAAAUAUAGUUUGAAGGAUAGUGGAGAAAUUGGUCGUUUAAAGUUUGAUUCUUUUAUAGAAUUGUUGGUUUAUUUGAGGAAAUUGACUGAUAUAUUCAAGAAAUAUGAUAAGGACUUAUCAGGAACGGCAACAAUUGGAUUUUCUGACUUUUUAUUUGAAGUAAGUAACAUGUCAUAA